GUGGGUAUAAAGUGUAUAUAGCCAGUCCUAGUUUGUGGAGAAGGGAGGGGACUUGGGGAAGGAAGAGAACGAGGUUUGGGAGGAGCUAGCUUCGUGUGCAAAGCCUAACAUGGAGGAACGCGGGUCCCCUGACGGGGACCCUGAGCUGAACCUGGACCAGGGGCCGGAAGGAUUGGAAACGCCCAUUCAGGUGGUGCUCAGGGUGCGCCCUAUGAGCACCGCCGAGCUACGCCGAGGGGAACAAAGCGCGCUGCGCUGCUCGGGAACCCGCACUUUGCACGUGAGACCCCCAGGUGGGGCCCAGGACGUGGUCUUCCGCUUUUCUGCUGUGCUGGACGCCAGCCGCACACAAGAGGACGUGUUCCAGGCCUGCGGUGUGCGGCGCCUGGGAGAGCUAGCCCUGCGAGGCUUCUCCUGCACGGUCUUCACCUUUGGCCAGACAGGCUCGGGGAAGACCUACACCCUGACUGGACCUCGCCCGCAGGGUGAGGGAGUGCCUGUUCCCCCUAGCCUGGCUGGCAUCAUGCAGAGGACCUUCACCUGGCUGCUAGAGCAGGUCCAGCACCUUGGCACCCCCACCACUCUUCAUGCUUCCUACCUGGAGAUCUACAAUGAGAAGGUUCGAGACUUGCUAAGCUCAGGCUCUCCCCGGCCCCUCCCUGUUCGCUGGAACAAGACCAGGGGCUUCUAUGUGGAGCAGCUGCGGGUAGUGGAAUUUGGGAGUCUAGGGGCUCUGAUGGAACUUCUGCAAAUGGUGAGGUCUGGCUCCCGAAGUUUUUUCUCUCUAGGUCUCAGUCGUCGAAGGAGCUCAGCUCACACUCUGAACCAGACCUCUAGCCGUAGCCAUGCCCUGCUUACACUCUACAUCAACCACCACACUCAGAUGUCUCAUAUGGACCCCAGAGUGCCCCCUGCUGGGGGGAAGCUGUGCUUUGUGGAUCUGGCGGGCAGUGAGAAGGUGGCAGCCACUGGAUCCCGAGGGGAGCUGAUGCUUGAGGCUAACAGCAUCAACCGCAGCCUGCUGGCCCUGGGUCACUGUAUCUCCCUGCUGCUGGACCCACAUCGGAAACAGAGCCACAUCCCCUUCCGGGACAGCAAGCUCACCAAGUUGCUGGCGGACUCACUGGGGGGGCGUGGGGUCACCCUCAUGGUGGCCUGCGUGUCCCCUUCAGUCCAGUGCCUUCCUGAGACCCUUAGCACCCUGCGUUAUGCAAGCCGAGCUCAGCGGGUCACCACACGGCCACAGCCCCCCAAGUCUCCCGCAAUCAAGCCGACCCAGUGUUUGGAGACUGAGAUACUGCAGCUCCAAGAGGAGAACCGGCGUCUGCGGUCUCAACUGGUACAAAUAGACCCCAAGGGUAUGAACUCUCUAGGAUCUGGGCUAUAG